AGAUGUUCCCCUCUUCGGUUCUGACACAGAAGGUCUGAGGGAAGCACAUUGGCGCCUAGUGCUUAAUUUGCAACACCUCAGAGCUGAACCUUGAGGGCCACUGGCUCUUCAAAGGUUUUCUUCCUUCAUCUGCAAGGAGUCAAGUAUCCAUUUUCCCUUUUCGCAGAAUUUGGAAGAGCGGAGAUCAUGGCGUGUUUAGGAAGUAAAGCCUUUUCCUGCGUCUUCGCUGGAGUGCUGCUGGCAACUGCGUUACUGCCUGACUUGCUGGUGGCCAGUCCAGUAGGACAGCGCCUCAAGGGGGAUGCGGGGGACAAAGAGACAGCGGGUGAGGAAAAUGCUCAAACAUCUGGCUUUCUCAAAAAGCUGGUUCGCUCCAGACGAAAUAUCAGCUGGUAUAAACAGCACGCUGAUUUCUGGGGCUGGUACAAAUACUUCACGGACAAUGGAAACCAGGAGGGAAUUAAUGAGCUGGAUCGUGUCUACCUGCAGUACCUGCAGAACAAGAACCGGGCGGAGGGCCGCCGUUCUUAUGACCUCUAUCUCCGCCACCUGUCAGAGGUGUACAAGGCCUGUGCCAAUUCUGACGACCCCGAGUGUAUCUCUGAGCUCACCAGCAAGCCCAAACCCAAACCCGAGGUACCAAAGCCCGCCCCAACUAAGGGGUGUGACCCAUACAGAGAUCCCAACUGCCAGGCCUCUCGAGCCCCUGUAAUGUUCCCUGCACCAUACAAGUCCACGCCUAUGGGCUACUACUACUAUGUUCCAGCCCCCCAGCCACUCCUGUCUGCCCAGCAAAAAGCUGAGCUGCUGCGGAUCUGCAACCCCUCUGAUAUCGAAUGCUUGCAGUAUCACCUGCGAGCUGCCUAUGGGUACAAGACUGUGGUGCCCACUGUGUCUGCUCCAUCCUAUGCAUAUCUUGGAUGUGACCCAGAGAAAGACCCCUACUGCAUGCAAAAGAAAAAGAAGGCAGAAGUCUAUCACCAGUACCCAAACUGUGACCCAGAGUAUGACCCCUACUGUACCCCAGAACGAGCCCAGGGGCUUCAGAUGCCCUCCCAGCUAAAUCGCUGCAAUCCCCUCUUCGAUGAAAACUGUAACCCCCUGACUGCUACCAGGAUGGUUGUGCCCCCCAAACCAGAAUGUGACCCCUACUAUGACCCCAGCUGCAGGCAGGAGUAUAGGCCUAAGGAUGAGCCAGCACCCAGCAAUGGCUGCGACCCUCGAUACGAUCCUUACUGCCUCCAGAGCCCCAGUGCUGUGCAAACUGAGGCACACCAUGACCCUCGGCACUACCCCAGGAUCAAGGGCAAGACGAAAGAGGGCUAUGACUGCUACAUGUACUAUGAUGAAGAGUGCUACCCAGUGCACAGCUCGAGUUCCUCCCGUGCAAGCGCUGCCAGCACCAUGCAAGACUGUGAUCCCUAUGACCCCAGCUGCCCACUCUACUACAGUGCAAACAACCCCAGACGGUCGAUGAAUGAGAGCCCAAACACCGAGUGCCAUCCUUAUGAUCCCUCCUGCCGGAAGCCCAGCCCACAACAACCCAGGGCCCCUGAGACCUACCACCCUGAGCACAAUCCUGCUGGUUACAGAGAAGGGGUGAUUGAGCCUGACCCUGACUGCGACCCCGAGUACGACCACAACUGCCGCCUUCGCAGGAGUGGGGCCAAGCCUGCCCAGGAUGCACCACACCAAGAGAGCCAAGCAGCUGAUGAGCACAAAGAAGAGGAGCCACAGCCGAGCUAUGAGCAGCAACAAUAUGACCCUUAUCAGGACAGGCAGGAAGAUCCCUACAAUCCAUACGCCGGGUACGAAGGGCAAGAUCACCAUGACCCCAGGUACGAAGCGGCCCAGAAAGGGUACGAGGACCAGUAUCCUAGAUACGAUGAGUCGCACGGCCACUACGAGUCAUCGAGCCAUGACAGCGCUGGGGAGUACAAGAAAAAAUAAAAACAACCCAACAAAAAAAGCAUAGAACAAGCCAGAUUGGUGAGCCAUGCCAUCUGCAAAACAGAGCAAUCAUUGGAAAGUGCAAUGUUCUAGCAGUGUGCGAGCACCUGAUUGGGAUUAGACAAUGCUUCUGAAUUUGUGAAUUUGCUCGAUUGUCUGAUGCUGUGGAGUUACUGCAUAAUAUGGGUAGCUACCCCUGUGGUGAACAUUGCCAAUGUGUAUCACAGCCUGCGAUGUUCUUCUGAAAUCUAUUUGUUUGUGUUUCCAUUAAAAACUAAGUCCAUAGUUAAGAGCCUUUGUACUAUCUUGAUAUAAUGUGCAGUGUACUUGAAUACGUACAUUGCUCUCUUUACUGAGCUUUCUUUCUAAUUUGUUUUCCAUUUGUAUUGUGUGGGUACUUCUCUCCGGGAAUAUUUAAUAAAUUUCAUUUUCCUGAAAUUUGCAUUUACAAACCCCUUUUACACGAUGUAAGAUUUUUUGAUGUUACAAAUAAAAGGCUUUGAAUA